CGCGGGGCAGCAUCAAGCGACGAGACCGGCAGCAAUAGCAGCUCCAAGUAGUGGAAAUUCCCCUUCUCCCCCACUCCCCAGGGUUUGCUUUCCGUUUCAAGCUGUGUCCUUUUCUUCUUUCUUGGAUUUAUCUCGAAUGCUCUGGAAAGAAGAUUGAUUGAGGGAGUUAUAAAAAUCGACCUCCAGAACUGGGAAUGGAAGUAAUGCUUUCUGCCUAGGUCUUGCAAGGCGGUUUCCUCUUCGUCCAAAACCAGUUUCUAGACCCUGGUGGGACAGAACUCGUCAAUAUCUCUCGCCUUUUCUUAUCUCGACUUCUCCUCCUCAAAGUCGGAAGCUUUCAGUUUCUGAAUCAUGGCGUCGCCUCUGGUGGCUCGGAAAGGUCGCGACUUGCAGCGUUACGAGGACCAUCUCCGGCUUGUUGCUGGAUGCAUUCCCUACAAGAUAACUGAGGAACCAGACCAUCAAUCUGAUGAUGUGAUUGACAAACUGCAAGUUCUCAUGAUCAGUUCACCUGGUCGACAUGAUUUUGUGUUCCCAAAGGGUGGGUGGGAGAAAGAUGAGACUGCAUGUGAAGCGGCACGCCGAGAAGCUUUGGAGGAAGCAGGAGUUCGGGGAAUACUGCAUGAAAUCGAGCUUGGUCAAUGGGUAUUUAGGAGCAAGAGCAGUCAGGUCAGUUGCAGCCAGGAAGGAGGUUGUAAAGGUUACAUGUUUGCUAUGAAGGUAACCGAAGAACUCGACUGCUGGCCUGAACAAGAAGUACAUGGCAGGAAGUGGGUGACCGUAGCGGAUGCAUUUAAACUCUGUCGAUACGAUUGGAUGCGCGAAGCCCUUGACUUGUUUGUGAAACAGCUCUAUAGCAAUACAAUGCUGUCUGUUCGCGGGUUAUACGAGCCAACAAAAUUCUGCUUCGUGAAGUCUACUGCCGCUGAGCAAGCCAUUGCCUUGUGCUGAUGCUUACUUGCUACCCUCGAUAUGAGUCAGAAGUUCUUCAAUAUGCGAUCUCUGAACUCCGAGUGGUGAUUAAGUUGAGACAUGGUUCUUAUUGCUGCAAUGUGACUUGUUCAAGUGCUUGCUCCAUUGCUGAUAAUGCUAACAUGCAAUUGGAUUACUGGUAGAUGUGUUUGUGGCUUUGCCUGAACCAGUUGUCAUAGCAGAAGUUGGAUUAGUGGAAUGGCUGUAUUGUGCUGUUUUGUCUA